UUAUUUAUUGUUUCCUUAGAAACCAAUCCACAUGGGGAAGGUGGAGAAGAACAUGACCAAGGGCUUCUAUGCUGCCAUCGCCAUCGCUGCCCUUCUGCUGCUGCUGCUUCUAGGCCUUCUGGUUGUUAUCAGGCUCAUGCUUACGGAAAGGAAGUCGGAGUCUCCAAGCUUGGAUGCCUUCCUUGUCUCUAGGAUUGAAGCUUUGCAAAACACAGCGAUCGUGGUGCCCAGAGGUGAAGACAAGGUCUAUGUUAUUGAAGACAGUCCUUGCCUUGCAUACCGAACCCCAGUGGCCUUCUGAGGAGCCUUCUGCCUCACACAGCAGAGACUGCAACAGAAUCUCACAGUGUCAAACACCUGUUCCAGCUC